AUUAUAAUUUACAUGUUGACUUCCCUUUACCGGUUGACCUAUACAUAACAUAUAUCUGAAAAAACAUGCAAUAUUAGUUGCAACAACCAGUAUCCAGUGGAGGGAAAGUUGGGUUCAGAGCUUCCUCGGAUUGACAGAUCUUGUGUUACUUUAUAAUGGAAAAAGAACAAUACCUAAAGAUGCCACUCAAGAGGAUAAUACUAGCUGUAAUUUUGUAUGUUCCGUUUUGUAUGGCUUCUCUCGGAGUUUCUCAGGUUGGAUUAUGGGGAACUAAAUCUAAUGAAGGUCCCCAAAAUCGUUGGGCUUUCUUAAUUGAAAAAGAUCAUAAACUGAAGUACAUAACUAUUGAUCAUGGUGAUCUAAUAUACUCUCUUGAGUUUACUACUGAAUCAAAGGGUGUUCAGUACACUUCACACAAGGCUGGUGGUUGGAAUGGUGGCGAUAGAGUAUCUAAGGUUGUUUUUGAAGAUGACGAGGAAAUAACAGGCAUUGAUGGAACAGUUGGGGUAUCGACUGGGGAAUAUGCUGGUUACACAAUAAUUUCGUCACUGUCUUUUGUUACGAACAAGAAGACUCAUGGACCUUUUGGUCAAAAAACACAUACUCUUUUCACUGUACCAUGGGUAAAAGGGAGUUUUGGUGGAUUUUAUGGCCUUGCAGGCUACUAUAUUGAUGCAAUCGGUGUCUACAUCACGGCUUCAUCUGACAAAAUUGCACGGGUUGGGAUUUGGGGAACAAAAUCUCCUGGAGGUCCCCAAAACAAGUGGUCUUUUCAACUUGAGAGAAAUCAUCAUCUAAAGAAGAUAACCAUUGAUCAUGGUGAUCUCAUAUACUCCCUCAUGUUCACUACCAAAUUUAAGGGCGUAGAGAAAACUUCUAACAAGGCUGGUGGCUGGAACGGUGGAGACAGAGUCUCUGAGGUUACAUUUGCUCCCGACGAGGAAAUUAUUGCUAUCAGUGGAACGAUUGGCAUCUCAAGGGGAACUUAUGCUGGCUAUACGAUAAUAUCGUCACUCACAUUCAUCACAAACAAACAAACCCAUGGACCUUAUGGUAAUGUUAGAGGGAUACCUUUCAACGUACCAUGGGAGAAAGAAUCAUUUGCUGGAUUUUAUGGUCUUGCGGGCUAUUAUAUUGAUGGCAUCGGUGUAUACCUAAAGCCUACUAUCAAUAACUAACCCUCUUAAGCUAAGGGUAUGGCGGAAUAAAAAGCUUUGCGUGCUAUCACAUGUGGGGAUCCUUACACUUACACAUUAUCCCUGUCAUGCACAAGUUGAUUUAGUUGUUGGUGUAACUUGUGAUAUCUACAAUGUACUUCACUACUUGCACC